AUGAAUAUGUAUUUGGAAACAAUAUUAGUUAUUAGUAUGACAAUAGUGUUAUUAAAUAAUAGUUCUGCUGUGGCUAGUCCCAAUAAAUAUAUUGAGCAACAAUUAAAUUGUGCAUUGGAUCAAGGACCAUGCGAUAAAUUUGGAUUGGAAAUACGAGAAUAUUUACCGGAUGUAAUUGGACGAAGCUGUGAAAAAUGUACACCACAGCAAGUGGCAAUGGUUCGACGGUUAAUACGAUUUAUUCAAACUCAAUAUCCUGAAGCAUGGCAUAAAUUAUUAUUAAAAUAUGGUAAGAAGAAGAAAUAUGGAAGUUCGAAAGCCUGA